UGGGGCGGGCGGGCGGGCGGGCGGGGGGCGGCGCGGCCGGACCCAGGGCUCGCACUCGGCCCGGCCGGGGCCCCAGCAUGGCUGAGCCGCUGCUCAGAAAGACCUUCUCCCGCCUGCGGGGCCGGGAGAAACUUCCCCGGAAAAAGUCGGAUGCCAAGGAGCGCGGCCACCCAGCCCAGCGCCUGGAGCCCAGCCCUCCGGAGCCAGAGCCCCAGGCCCUCGAGGGGUCCCAGGCUGGAGCGGAGGGGCCCCCCAGCCCUGAGGCAUCUCGAAGUCCCUCCCGGGGGGCCUACCUGCAGAGCCUGGAGCCCAGCAGCCGAAGAUGGGUCCUGGGCGGGGCCAAGCCCCCAGAGGAGGCCAGUCUGGGGCCUGGGGCAUCUGGCAGUGGGGAGCCUGCAGGCGAGAUCUGGUACAACCCCAUCCCCGAGGAGGACCCCAGGCCCCCGGCACCCGAGACCCCAGGGCCACAGCCGGGCUUGGCUGAGCCAGAGGGUGUGGCCCCACAAGGUGUGUUCCCUUCCAACUCCGUAGCCAAAGCCUCUCGCACCAAGUCCCCAGGACCCGCCAGACGUCUCUCCAUGAAGAUGAAGAAGCUGCCGGAGCUGCGGCGCCGCCUGAGCCUGCGGAGCACCCGGGCCGGCCGGGAGCGGGAGCGGGAGCGGGCCGCCCCCGCCGGCUCCGUCAUCAGCCGCUACCACCUGGACAGCAGUGUGGGGGCCCCCGGGCGGGCAGCAGUGGCCGGGGGCUCCCGGGGCCUGCGGGCCGGGUACCUCAGUGACGGCGACUCCCCGGAGCGCCCAGCAGGGCCCCCGUCGCCCACCGCCUUCCAGCCCUAUGAGGCGGGCCCGUCGGCCCGGGCGCCCCCGGCCGCGCUCUGGGGCCGCCUCAGCCUGCACCUGUACGGGCUGGGGGGGCUGCGGCCCGCGCCCGGGGCCACCCCGAGAGACCUCUGCUGCCUGCUCCAGGUGGACGGGGUGGCCAGAGCCCGGACCGGGCCGCUGCGCGGAGGGCCGGACUUCCUGCGGCUGGACCACACCUUCCACCUGGAGCUCGAGGCCGCCCGGCUGCUGCGGGCCCUGGUGCUGGUGUGGGACCCGUGUGUGCGGAGGCACCGGCCCUGUGCCCAGGGCACCGUGCUGCUGCCCACGGUUUUCCGAGGGUGCCAGGCCCAGCAGCUGGCUGUGCGCCUGGAGCCUCAGGGGCUGCUGUACGCCAAGCUGACCCUGUCGGAGCAGCGGGAAGCACCCAACGCAGCUGAGCCCCGCGUCUUUGGGCUGCCCCUGCGGCUGCUGGUGGAGCGGGAGCAGCCCCCGGGCCAGGUGCCCCUCAUCAUUCAGAAGUGUGUUGGGCAGAUCGAGCGCCGAGGGCUGCGGGUAGUGGGGCUCUACCGUCUGUGCGGCUCAGCAGCUGUGAAGAAAGAGCUUCGGGAUGCCUUCGAGCGGGACAGCGCAGCAGUCUGCCUCUCUGAAGACCUGUACCCCGAUAUCAAUGUCGUCACUGGUCAGCAUGCCUCUUCCCCUCCCCUGCCUGCUCCUCAUUCAACCCUCACCUACCUCAUGGCAGUCCCUGUGGCCCUUCUGGGACCUCACCUCUUCUGUAUGACCUUGUUUUCACCUUCCUGCACCUGUUCCCCUCCUCUUCCCUCCUCUCAGCCCCAGCUGACCCCUCCAGAAGCCAGGGUUGCCCUGACCAGAGUGGGCCCUGUGUCCACAGGCAUCCUCAAGGAUUAUCUUCGGGAGUUGCCCACACCACUCAUCACCCAGCCCCUCUAUCAAGUGGUGCUGGAAGCCAUGGCCCGAGGGCCCCCCAGCAGGGCUCCCCCCAGCGCUGAGGGUACCCGUGGGCUCCUCAGCUGCCUGCCAGAUGUCGAGAGGGCCACGCUGACGCUCCUCCUGGACCACCUGCGCCUGGUCUCUUCCUUCCACACCCACAACCGCAUGACCGCGCAGAACCUGGCUGUGUGCUUCGGCCCCGUGCUGCUGCCAGCGCGCCAGGACCCCGGCAGGGCCCGCAGCCGCAGCUCUGGCCCGGGCCUCACCAACACCGUGGACUUCAAGCGACACAUCGAAGUGCUGCACUACCUGCUGCAGGCCUGGCCAGAUCCCCGCAGGUCCCCAGAGGCCACGGACCUCGCGCCGGACUUGCGGCCCAAACAGCAGCCGCCCCUGCACUUGCCACUGGUGGCCCCGGAAGUAGUGACUCGGCCCCGCGGUCGGGGCGGCCCCGAGAGCCCCCCGAGUAACCGCUACGCCGGCGACUGGAGCGUUUGCGGGAGGGACUUUCUGCCCUGUGGGCGGGACUUCCUCUCCGGGCCCGACUACGACCGCGUGACGGGCAGCGACAGCGAAGACGAGGAGGCAGGGGAGCCGGCGGGCGCUGCAGACUUCGAGGAUGACUUCGAAGCGCCCUUCAACCCGCACCUGAACCUCAAAGACUUUGAUGCCCUCAUCCUGGACUUAGAGAGAGAACUUUCCAAGCAGAUCAAUGUAUGCCUCUGAGCAGGGUGGGGCGGGACCCCAGUUACUAAGGGACGGGCCAGGCUCCUGGUUGCUAAGCCAGUGCCCGUAAGAUAGAAAGGGACCAGACCUGUCUUUCAGGCCUAGCUCCUGAUUGCUGGGGAGUUGCCUAGCGACCAGCCAGCAGAUGCUGAGAUUUCAUGUCUCUCUUCCAGUGCUAAAUUAUUUGGGUACUGGUUGCAAAGGCUGAAGAUUUGGGGACCAGCUGUGGUGGCCAUCUUUUCUGAGUACCGAGAGCAUCUCCCCCUUGCUGGGCUGGCCUCUCUUGCCUCCCCUUGGCCAGGACAACACCAGUUAAUGUGAGCAUCACCCUGGGAUGGUGAGACACCCCCCAGUCAAUCCUCUUGCUGCUGCCAACCAAAUCAGUAUUAGCUUUGAGCAUUGCACUCUGCUUCUCCCUCCCUUUGGGAGGGCCCAAGGACUAUGAGGAGGCGUUUGGGGUGGGGUCAAGAGCAGCUCCUACCUGGGCUCCAGCUGGAUAGGGCAGCCUGGGCUUAUAGAAAAACAGGUUUCCCCACUCUCUCCCAGGGAAAACCCCACAAGUGCCUCAAACCAGCAUACUGAGAUCGUAGAGUUUGGCCCUUCCCCUCCCCAACUCUUCCUCAGCGUCCUUGAAAUUGAGCACUUAGAAGACCUCCCUUUUGGAGGGGCCCCGCCUGGAGUGUCAGGCUGGGGCACUUUGGUACGGAACAUAUUUAUUGCCUCCGUGUGUGUGUCGGUGUGUGUGUGAGGAUGAGUGUGCAUGGACACGUCUGGAGCAGACGUGUGGGGCUCUUUCAGGGACCACAGAGUGGGGAAAGGGUUCACAACGCUGAGUACCCUGAACUCCCCGGUACUGGUGCCCAGUGGGACCCAGAGUUCCAGGGGGAGAGUAGGGUCCCCUUCUGCCUACCCCUCUUCCCCUCACUUCCAACUUUGUGAACAAUAAAUCCAUAUGCACAGGUUC